GUUUGGGGCUGAGUGUGUCAGGCGGGGCUCCUGCAGUUGCCCCUGCGCCCCCAGCCCGGUGAGCGCCCACCCGGGGCCGCGCCCAACUCCCGGGAAGGAAUUCUUUGUGGCAUCUCUGCUGCUUUGUGAGCAAUUAAGCAUGCAAAUAGCCCCUCAGAAAUCAAACUGAAUUCGAAGAAGAUUCUCCUUAGAAGUAUGGCAUGUAUCAUGGAGAGCAAGAUUGUGGGAAAGGAAAAGCAGCAACAUAGCUUGACCUUACUGAGCAAAAUUAAGAGCAUGAAAGAAUUAGCAGAAAUGAUAGAUGUAGUGCUUAUCGCAGAAGGGGAGAAAUUUCCCUGCCAUCGUCUGAUUUUGGCUGCCUUUAGUCCCUACUUCAAAGCCAUGUUCACCUGUGGUUUGCUUGAAUGCGCUCAGAGGGAAGUCAUACUCUAUGAUAUCACAGCAGAGAGUGUAUCUAUAAUAUUAAACUAUAUGUACAACGUGGACUUGGACAUCAAUAAUGCCAAUGUACAGACCGUAGCUGUUGCUGCUUACUUUAUGCAAAUGGAUGAAGUCUUCAACAUGUGCCAGAAAUAUAUGAUGGACCACAUGGAUGCCUCCAACUGCGUAGGAAUCUAUUAUUUCGCCAAACACAUCGGGGCAGAAGAUUUGUCUGAUCAAGCCAAGAAAUAUUUAUAUCAGCACUUUGCCGAGGCAAGUCUACAUGAAGAAAUUUUAGAAAUUGAUGUGGAUCAAUUGAUGGGACUUAUUAAAUCAGAUGAUCUCAAUAUUUCCCGAGAGGAGAGCAUUCUAGACUUGGUUUUGAGGUGGGUUAACCAUAACCGAGAAUUGCGUCUGAAGUCCCUUGUUGAACUUUUGAAACAAGUCAGACUGGGACUUGUGAAUCCUUCUUUUUUAAGAGAAGCAUUGAAGAGGAACACAGUGCUUCUUUGUAACUCAGAUUGCAUCGAUCUCAUUCAGGGUGCCUUAGAUGCCAUCAAGAAAUCCAAGCAGCAAUGUCUAAAUCUCCGGUAUGGAAUGGAGACCACCAGUCUUCUGCUUUGUAUCGGCAACAAUUCCACAGGGAUCAGGUCAAGGCACGGCAACUAUGGAGAUGCCAGUUUUUGCUAUGCCCCUACCACCCGGAAGACUUACUUCAUCUCCUCCCCGAAGUAUGGAGAAGGCUUGGGAACUGUGUGUACUGGAGUCGUUAUGGAAAACAACGACAUCGUCGUGGCAGGUGAAGCCAGUGCCUCUAAAUUAUCUAGACAAAAGAACAAGAACGUAGAGAUCUAUCGGUACCACAAUCGGGGAAACAAAUUUUGGGAAAAAUUAUGUGCCACUGAGUUUCGGGAACUCUAUGCCCUAGGCAGUGUCUAUAAUGACCUUUAUGUCAUAGGAGGACAAAUGAAAUUGAAAAAUCGGUAUCUUGUUACAAACUGUGUGGACAAGUAUUCAGUGGAACAUGACAAUUGGAAAAGGAUGGCCCCUCUUCCAUUACAACUAGCAUGCCAUGCUGUGGUAACAGUGAAUAAUAAACUUUACGUGAUUGGAGGAUGGACCCCACAGAUGGAUCUCCCUGAUGAUGAGCCUGAUCGAUUAAGCAACCGACUGUUGCAGUAUGACCCUGGCCAAGAUCAAUGGCGAGAGCGGGCACCGAUGAAGUACUCUAAAUACCGAUUCAGUAGUGCCGUAGUCAACAGCGAGAUUUAUGUCCUGGGUGGAAUCGGCUGCCUGGGUCGAGACAAAGGCCAAGUUCGUCAAUGCCUUGAUGCUGUCGAGAUCUAUAACCCAGAUGGGGAUUUUUGGAGAGAAGGGCCCAGAAUGCCAACUCCCCUCCUCUCUCUUCGUACCAAUUCUACCAAUGCAGGAACAGUGGAUGGAAAGUUAUAUGUCUGUGGGGGUUUUCAUGGAGCAGAUCGGCAUGAGAUUAUCUCCAAGGAAAUCUUGGAGCUGGAUCCUUGGGAAAAUCAGUGGAAUGUUGUAGCCAUCGAUGUCCUCAUGCAUGACAACUAUGAUGUCUGCCUUGUGGCCAAAAUGAAUCCCAGGGAUCUUAUUCCCCCACCUUCAGAUUUGGUAGAAUAAAGAAGUUAAAGUUGAAAUACCAUUACUGCAGAGAUGCCAGAUUGGGUUAUAAAUGAAGAGUUUAAAACAUAGAAAGCCACAUAAAUUUACCUUUGUUCAUUCGGUAGGUAUUGAGUGCCAGGCACUAACCUUGCCCUCGCUGUAUUGAUAAUCUAGUAGGAAGAUAAAACAGAUACAAAAAUAAACAACUUCAGUACGAGGUAAAAUAUGAUAACUAGUCACCUCAAGAAGAACAAACUAAGUGUUUUGGCACUUGUGUGGAUGGGAAGAGACUUUAUAAAUGGAUUAUUCAGUAAAACAAAAUGGAGCUAAAGUUAGAACUUGAUAAGGUUGGUCCCUGAACUAGACCAUUCAAAUUGAACUUUGAAGAGCGAGUAAGACUUUGACAUAUGGAAAUGGGUUAGAAUGGUAUUCCCAACAGAGGAAUUGGCAUAAACACAAAUAUCAAAGGCAGAAAAGCCCACUGUUUAGGAAAUGGUGACUAAGUCAAGUUGAUUGAACUGGAAAUAUAGGUUGGAGCUUGAUUCCAGAUGGUCAUGAAUGUGAUGUUAAGUUUUUUGUAGAUUUGAGAAGCCAAUGAUGGUGGCAACAUCACCAUGGGACAUUCAUUUCCUUCCCUGUUUUUAGUGAUGAUCCUUUUGUUGGUCUGUUUUGUGCAAAUAGUAUCUACAUCUUAUUUAGACUAUGUCUUCCCUUUGGCAACAUUGAUAAACAGCAUAGAGAAUACUGAAGUAAGAAGUCACAAUGUCUUAGAGUCAAGAGCUCUCUGAGAGCUAUAUCUGCAAUGAAAGUACAUCUGGCUGCAGCAAUUUUCUUGUUCAAAUAUUAUUGCACUGAGUCCCCAUCUACUAUGAGCCCAAAGAAUCUGUCCCAAUGGGAUUAUAUCUUCUGGGAUUGGCUGCAGAUGCUGAUUGGAGAUUUUGCUGACCCAGUCUGUAAAGGCUGAUUCAACAGGGACCUAGACCAGUUGAAAAUAUGUUCAAGAGAAUCUGCUUAUGGCAACAUUGAUGGAAAUGAGGAGAACAGAUGGUAGGGCUGGUGACAAGGAAUUUUGUUAUCCAUAAUGCUGAGCAGUUUGAGUUCCCAGACAUGUCCUGCUGUGGCAUUUCCCAGACAUGCCAUGAUGCUGUUUCUGAAUGAAGAGGUCAUGCCUCCUGGGAAAUGGCUCACAGGACAUGUCUAGAUGAUCUGAAGAAAUUUCUCACCAUGGCAGUUUGAGAGGAGAGUCAACUUUCCCUUGUGACAUAAAUGGUAUUAUAACCUCUGGCUUAUGGGGUGAGCUCUCUGUAGAAGCCAGAGAAAUGAGAUUGCUUUUAUUCUUUUUUUCUUCCUUUUGUACCUAUGGAAGAAACGACUGGCUCCAUGUACCAAGGGCUAUUAUCACAUUUCCCUUAGAUGGAAAAGGCUUUGUUUUUCUAAUUGUUCUCAGUAAUCAUGUAGCAUUCAGACAUUUUAGUAUAUUUCCUCUAUAGCCCAUCUAAGAUAUAUCCAUUUCCUUUCCAAAGCAGGUACUUUAUAUAGUAUCACCAGUCAUAGAGACAGUUACUGUAUUCUGCUGAUCCAACUUCAGAUGCUCUCAGUCAGUCAACAAACAUUAAGCAUCUCUGUCUGCUAGAAGGAGAUACAAAGAUGCAAGUCCCUUCCUUCAAGGUGUUUGCCAUCAAUUUAGGAAGACAACAGUUUCAUACAUACAAAAAGAAAACGAGAGAAUGGGAGAUUAUUAGCUAGGAGACUCAGGAAGAAAUGACUACUGGGGAUACUAGCCUUUCUUACAUUCUGAUGAGGGAGACAGCAUGUAAAUAAUUAGGUAAGUAUAGCAUAUAUGCAGAAUAGAUGCGGGUAAUCUGAUAGGGGAAGGAACUAGCAGCUGGAAGAUCAAAGAAAGAGUCCUCCUGCAGAAGGUGAGAUCUGAGUCAAGAUUGAAGGAAGCCAGAGAAACUAAAAGGGAGCUGCAAGGAGAAAGAGUAUUUCAGUCAUGGGGGAUCUCCAGGUCAAAGGGGAGAACAGGAAGCUGCCCAGUGUAGCUGUAUCAGAUUUUGUGGAAGGGAGAGGGUGAAGAGGAGGCAAGUUUAAGAUGAUUGGAAAGAAGCCAAAUGGUGAAAGGUUUUCAGUGCCAAUCAGAAAUUUUAAUAUUUGGUCCUAGAGAUAAUCAGGAACUACUAGAACUUAUUAUUGCAGGACAGAAGUGACAUAAUGACACCUGCUUUAAGGAAAAUCACUUUGGCAGCUCAAAUUGAUGUGGGGAGAGGUUUGAAUCAGAGAGAACCAAUUAAAAAGCUAUUUCAGGAGUCCAGAGGUUAUAAAACCCUGUACAAAAGAUUCUAAGGAAAAGUACAUGACAGAUGUUGUGAAGUUGGAAAUGAUAAGAUAUGACAAUAAAUUUAAGAUAACUGGUUGAAGAAGGAGAAGAUAUUUUUGUCCCACUCUCCUAAGUAAUCCACUCAAUUGCCCAUUCCCUGGGAUUUGAGGUUGUCAUUUGAUCUCAUUUCAAUAGUGGGGAUGGGAAAGAGUGGGUUUUUGUGUGCCAUGUAAGUGUUUAUUGCAUGCAAUCUUUUAUCAUCCAUGAACACAUAAAAGAAUUAUAAAAUACCAGCUUUUGAGAGAACUUUAUUUUUAGAGGAACUUUAAAAGCUUUAAAAAAAAAAAAAAAAAAGCUUGUACUGAGACUUUUGGGAUAGUUUGUAUAAUGGGAAUAAUUUAGAUAUAUCUAACCCUUUACAAAAACGUUAUAAAACCGUCCUAUGAAGAACUGGUAGUACAAGUAUUACUAGUCUGAUUGCACAAAUAUAAAAAUUUAGACUUUUCAAAAUGACUUCUGGCAUAACCAAGAUUAUAUGGCUAAUUAAAGAUAAUACCAGAUCUUUUAAUCACUCAUUUAGUGCUCUUCCUUUAAUACUGCACUGCCUUUCACUCUUUUAUCCAGUGCUCAACAACACCCCUAACUCUUGGUCUUUCUGGUUUCUGAUAUUUUCUAUGUAUCUAGAAGAUAAUUGUUCUUAUUAAUCAACCAUUGAGUUUAAUAGUUACCACAUAAAGAAAGAAUGAUCUUUUUUUAGCAUGAUAGGGCAGCCAGACUUCCUUUAUUUUUGUAAUGCAUGCAAUAAUAUUUAUUGGGUAUGUUGAAAUUCAUUCAUUCAACAAGUAUUUCUUGAAGGCUUACUGAAAGAAAAACACUGUAAAAAAAAUCUUUGAAGCAAAUGCUCACUGAAGCAUUCUAAGACAGUUGUCAAACAGAGAAGGUUUUCUGUCAAGUGCUCCCAGAGACCUAGAGACUUGAAACCUAACAAGCUGAUAUUUAAUUAAAAUAAUUGGUUGCUUGCCCUGACAUUUUUAUUCUAUUUGGUCAAGAAUAGGAACUCUUAAGUCUUUUUGUGUCAUGACCUCCUUUGGCAGUUUGGUGAAGCAAGUAGACCUCCCUUCUCAGAAAAAUAUUUUAAAAUGCAAAAAUAAAAUACAUAGGAUUACCAAGGAAACUAUUUAAAAUUGAAAUUAAAACCAAUUACAAAGAAAAUUAAUUGAAAUUAUCAAAUUAUCAAAAAAAAUUUACAGACACAAAGUUAAGUACUUUAGAUCUAGAGACAGUGUGGUAUAGUUGCCAGAGAAUAGUCUUAAAACCAGGAAGAUAUGGAUUCAAGUCCACCUUUGACCCAUACUGGCUUUGUGGCUUCAGUUACUCUAUAUUCUUUAAGUUUCAGAAGAAUUAGUAAAGGAAGUUUCUCAUCUGGAGUUUCUUAUACCACAGAAAUCUAAAAUUUAGUCUUUCUCCCAGGCUAAGGCUAGGGAACAUUAAAUGUGUUCUAAGCCAACAAUAAGGACUUUUUUUUAAUUAGAAGGAUGCCCCAAAUCAAUGACAGCUUGACAAAUGUUACAUUAAAAAUCUUUGUUACUUCUAAGUAUACACAAAUACUAACCCAAAGGAUGUCUUCAUUAAAUGUCAGACUGAUCACCUAA